GCCACGGCCUUCCGGUUCUUACAUCAGCUGGGCCUCCGAUCAUGUCGGGCGCCAUGGAAGUGGAGCUGCUCUGUCUGCCGGGGUCCCCCUGGAGCUCGAAGGCGAUGUGGAUUUUGAGCCUCUGCAAACUCCCCUUCCAGAAGCGGCCCUUCGAGCCCAUGGUGGACGAGGUGUGGCUGCGGUACAAGCUUAAGCUUUGGCCUUGGCAGUGGCGGUUCUGGCAAAGGCUCACUGUGCCGGUGGCCAUCAUCAGGGAGCCCGCGCCCAAGGGCACCACUGUGCUGACCGACUCCUUCGACAUCGCCGCGUGGGCGCUGGCCAGGUCUUCGCCGUCGCCAUCUCCAGAGCAGGUGGCGCAGCUGAGGCGUUGGAACGCGCUCAGCGACGCGGUGCUGAACUUUGGGCGGGCUGACUUCGUGCGCGCCGCGCUGAAGGACGUGCGCGUGGCUGUGGAGGUGAUCGCCCCGCCGUGGAUGCGAAAGCUGCCUUUGCUCUUCUCGGGGCUAGUGAUGUGGGUGGCGGUCAGAGUCUUCGCAUGGAAGUACGCCGACAAGAACAAGGAGAGCACCCGGGAGGUCGUCCAAGAGGCCAUGAGGCAAGUUAGCGUUGCGCUGAAGAGCGGCAAGGGCCGGUACUUGGUGGAGGACCGCUUCUCCUACGCGGAUAUCGUGAUGGCCAUCGCGGUCAACGGCCUAGCGCCCACAGAAGGAGCGCUGCAGUUCACCAUCCCUCGGAAGUUUCAGUCGGAGCCGGACGACAUCUUGGCCGAGUUUCAAGAUGUGAAAGCGUGGAAGGAGGCGAUCAUGAAAGAUCUUCCCGACGUGCUCAGAAUCAAGUAGCGCAAAUAGCUGACAGAGUACGGGGUUCUUGUAUGUCCCUGGUUGAAACA